AUGAGCGCGGGAGGCGGCACCAGCACGCUUGGCGGCGGCGGCGGCGGCGGCGGCGGCGGGGGGCCGAGCGGCAGCGGCAGCGGGGGAAGCGGCGGCGGGCCCUGCGGCGCGUGCAAGUUCCUCCGGCGCAAGUGCGUGAGCGGCUGCAUCUUCGCGCCCUACUUCGACUCGGAGCAGGGCGCGGCGCACUUCGCGGCGGUGCACAAGGUGUUCGGCGCCAGCAACGUCUCCAAGCUGCUGCUCCAGAUCCCGGCGCACAAGCGCCUCGACGCCGUCGUCACCAUCUGCUACGAGGCCCAGGCGCGCCUCCGCGACCCCGUCUACGGCUGCGUCGCCCACAUCUUCGCCCUCCAGCAGCAGGUGGUGAAUCUCCAGGCCGAGCUGACCUACCUGCAAGCCCACCUCGCCACGCUGGAGCUGCCGUCCCCGCCGCCGCUGCCGGCCCCGCCGCAGAUGCCGAUGCCGGGGCCCUUCUCCAUCGCGGACCUGCCGUCGUCGACCAGCGUCCCCACUACCGUCGACCUGUCCGCGCUCUUCGACCCGCCGCCGCAUGCGCAGCCGCCGCAGUGGGCGGUCCAGCAGCAACACCAUCACCAUCAGCACCAGCACCAGCUUCGGCAACCGGCGCCGUAUGGCGCGCCCGUCAGGGGCGGCUCCGGCAUGGCAGAGACCUCGGGCGCCGGCGGCGGAGACCUGCAGGCCCUGGCGAGGGAGCUCGUGGACCGCCACCGGUCCGGCGGCGUGAAGCUCGAGCAUCCGCCGCCGCCGCCGCCGCACUCAAGAUGAGCUGGAUGGAGGGAGCACGCAAUCAAAUGUUGCGGAGAACAAGGUGAUGAUGAGUGGCAUGGAGAGAGUUGGCGCGCGGCAAUAACGAGGGAGAUUGGGGUCGGUGACGGGCGAUGGCGAGCAGGGAGUAGGUAAGCAUGCAGCAUUGGCCGGUUUUCGCGUAUCCAUCUUGUUGUUAACCAGCUGGGGUGCAAUGGCGCCCACUUGCUUGAUGUGUAUGCUCCGGUUUGGAUUUUCUCCAAGACAAACAAGAGUGCUGGGGAUCGAGGGUAGUAGUGCUAGAAUUGACAUGUAGUAGGAACAGUAUUACCUUUGUCACCGUUCCAUUAAUUGCAAGAUUUUAUGAAAGCCCCAUGGUUCUAUACUGCUUUCAGAACGAAGCUACUAAUCUU